AUUCCUGGAAGAAUGGGAGCCCCAGGAGAGCCAGGUCUGUCUAUCAUUGGACCAAGAGGACCACCCGGCCAACCUGGGACAAGAGGAUUUCCAGGGUUUCCAGGUCCAAUUGGGCUGGAUGGCAAGCAUGGACAGAAUGGGGCCAAGGGUGACAUGGGUCAGCGUGGCCUUAAAGGACUCCCUGGAGAACCCGGACCUAAAGGAGAGAAGGGUGUCUGUGGCGACUACACACAUCGGAAGCGACGCAUUGUACAGCCCUGUGCUGGACAGUUGGCCACAGGCGAGCCAGGAGCGCAGGGGCCCCCAGGACCACCAGGCCCCCCUGGUCUUCCGGGGAGCCCAGGUCUGAACGGAGCCAGCGGCUCACCGGGUAAGCCAGGGGAAGCGGGAAACCCCGGGAAAGACCCAAGGCUCUUACCAGGACUGAAGGGCGAACCAGGUUUACCAGGACAGAAGGGUGAUCGAGGGGACGUUGGUCCAAUGGGUCCUGAAGGCAGAAAGGGUGACCAGGGAACCAAGGGAGAUGAAGGGAAGAGGGGGUUUUCAGCAGAGAAAGGGAAGAAGGGUGGACCAGGCUUCCCAGGCAACCCUGGGUCAAAGGGCCACACUGGUACCCCUGGUAUCCCUGGCAAGAGGGGCUACAGGGGAGAGAAGGGAGAGGCUAUUCUUUCAGCACUUGGAAUUAAAGGAGAACCCGGCUCACCAGGAGUGCCAGGCCUAAUGGGACCGAAGGGUGACAAGGGUGAUCAGGGAAACCAGGGAGAGGCAGGCCCUGAAGGCCCAGCUGGACCAAGAGGCCCUGCAGGUCCAACUGGCGAACCAGGAAAAGCUGAACUCCAUAACAAUGAAAAUGAUAUUCGCAACAUACAUCUUAUGGGUCCGCCUGGAUUACCUGGACCUCCAGGGCCUCCUGGGUUCACUGGGACAAAAGGUGACGUUGGCCUCCCAGGUCCCCCAGGCCUUGAUGGAGAGAAGGGGCCCAGAGGGAAACCUGGAGAACCUGGUCCCCUGGGCCCAGUUGGUCCUGAAGGUCCCAGAGGAGAGGGUGGUGUAAUGGGUUUCCCAGGACCAAAGGGAGACGAGGGAGACACGGGUCCAGCUGGAUCACCAGGCACAAAAGGCGAGCCUGCGGAAGGAGGAAGGUCAGAGCUGCUCUAUGGUCCUCCAGGUCCCCCAGGGCCAUCAGGACCAGUUGGCCCAGCAGGAUCGCAAGGACCUUCUGGGCCAAAGGGAGAGCCAGGCCUAGGCCUCAGGGGAGAAAAGGGAACAACAGGUCAGAAGGGCGACAAGGGAGACAGAGGCCAUCUUGGACUUCCUGGGGCUCAUGGGUUAGACGGCAGACCCGGUCCAGUGGGUCUGAUAGGACCAGCAGGAGUGCCAGGACCAGCAGGACCAAAGGGAGAGAGAGGUGAGAGUGGAGACGCAGGACUACCAGGACCAAUCGGCCCGCAGGGCAUUCCUGGAUUUGCAGGGCCACAAGGACUCAAAGGGAAUCGGGGUUUCCGAGGCUUUAAAGGAGAGAAAGGUGAACCGGGCCUGCCAGGCCUGGAUGGGCUGGAUGCCCCUUGUCCUGUGGUAUGGUGCUCUCUCUUUCCUCCCCAGCAUGCAUUUACCUAACA